GCCCCUGUGCUUCUGCCGAAGGCAGAGGCUCCAUGUUGUCCCCUCAGCGUGCGGUAGCGGCUGCCUCAGGAGGAGCAGGUGAUGCCAUGGAGUGUAGGAAGCCUGGUCCAGUGCAGAUUGUCUGUGUUCACAAAGAGCAGCAUUCGUUUGAGUUAGAAGAGCGAGCCCUGGCCAGCGUCCUGCUGCAGGACCACGUCCGAGAUCUUGAUGUGGUGGUGCUCUCAGUGGCUGGUGCUUUCAGAAAGGGCAAGUCCUUCUUCCUGGAUUUUAUGCUGCGAUACUUGUAUUUUCAGAAGGAUGGUAGCCAUUCAAGUUGGUUGGGGGACUUGGAAGAACCCUUAACAGGAUUUUCAUGGCGAGGAGGCUCUGACCCAGAAACCACUGGGAUCCAGAUCUGGAGUGAAGUUUUCACUGUGGAGAAGCCAGGUGGGAAAAAGGUUGCAGUUAUUCUGAUGGAUACCCAGGGGGCAUUUGACAGCCAGUCAACUGUGAAAGAUUGUGCUACCAUCUUUGCUCUAAGCACCAUGACUAGUUCUGUUCAGAUUUAUAAUUUGUCGCAGAACAUUCAGGAAGAUGAUCUUCAACAGCUGCAGCUCUUCACAGAAUAUGGUCGUCUGGCAAUGGAUGAAAUUUCCCAAAAACCCUUCCAGACACUGAUGUUUUUGGUUAGAGACUGGAGUUUCCCUUAUGAGUACAACUACGGACUACAAGGAGGAAUGGCGUUUUUGGAUAAGCGUCUCCAGGUGAAGGAACAUCAGCACGAGGAAAUCCAGAACGUGCGCAAUCACAUUCACUCCUGUUUCUCCAGCGUCAGCUGUUUUCUCCUGCCGCAUCCGGGACUCCAGGUGGCCACAAGCCCUGACUUUGAUGGAAAACUGAAAGAUAUUGCCAGUGAAUUCAAAGACCAGUUACAGGUACUGAUACCCUUUGUGUUAGAUCCAUCUAACUUAAUGGAAAAGGAGAUCAAUGGCUCAAAAGUCACCUGUCGGGGACUACUGGAGUAUUUUAAGGCAUAUAUUAAAAUUUACCAAGGAGAAGAUCUGCCUCACCCCAAAUCCAUGCUUCAGGCCACUGCUGAAGCCAACAAUUUAGCAGCUGCAGCCUCUGCCAAGGACAUUUAUUACAAUCACAUGGAAGAGGUUUGUGGGGGAGAGAAGCCUUACCUGUCUCCAGACCUUCUCGAGGAGAAGCAUGGUGAAUUCAGACAGCUUGCUCUGGACCAUUUUAAGAAGACCAAGAAGAUGGGUGGGAAGGACUUCAGCCUUCGUUACCAGGAGGAGCUGGAGGGGGAGAUCAAAGAGCUCUAUGAGAACUUCGUCAAGCACAAUGACAGCAAGAACGUCUUCAGUACCUUCCGCACCCCUGCCGUGAUCUUCACAGGCAUCGUGGCUUUGUACAUAGCCUCGGCCCUCGCUCACUUUGUGGGUCUCGAGGCUGUGGCCCAGCUGUUCAACUGUAUGGUUGGACUGUUGCUGAUAGCGCUCCUCACCUGGGGUUACAUCAGGUACUCUGGUGAAUAUCGUGAGCUGGGUGGAGCUAUCGAUACUGGUGCAUCGUAUGUGUUAGAGCAGGCUACGUCGUAUAUGUGUAAUUCCACUCAGGCGGCUUUGAGAGAUGCUGUUGUCGGCAGACAAACAGUGGAUAAAAAAGCUCAGUAACAUCCAACAAGAACCGACCAGCCCCUGCUGAUUUCUGGGUUUCUGCCACGGCCACAGGUCCACGUCCAGAGGAGACGGUAGACGUGAGGCCAUCCAGGAAGAGCUGCAACGUGCACUGUAAUAAACGAAGCAGACC